CCAGCCUGUCUGCGUUCUAGCGUAGUACUCUCCUUUUACUCGCUGCUCUUCAUCACCAUCUAGGAUAUAUUUACACUCACCCAAGUAGGUAGGGUUAGUACUGUCUUAGAGGACUUAACAGUUUGAGUUAUGCUGUUAGAUAAAGAUAUGUAUUUACAUCACCCUGGAAAGACGUAGAAAAAAGGGGAUCUGUUGUGGCACUGCUGAAAUUAAAGUUUCUUCUCUCUCUAUAUAUAUAUAGCUAUAUAAAUAUAUACAUUUCCUUUAUCCCAAAGGAUACAACACAGCUGCUGAGGCUGCAAGCUCCAGCUGUAGCACAAACACAAGUAGAUGACUGAGAACUCUGCCUCCCAGGAUGGACAAGAAAAGUGCCAAUGGCUUUCAGACCAAGACCAGUGAGGGUGGUGUUCAGAGGAAGCAGCUGCCGUACUCAGUGGAGACUCCCUAUGGCUUUCACCUGGAUCUUGACUUCCUCAAGUAUGUUGAUGAUAUUGAAAAAGGCAACACCAUCAAAAGGGUCCACAUCCAGCGCAGGGUGAAGGGACCACCUAAAUUCAGUACUCUGCCUAGAAAUUUCAGCCUUCCUGGUCAUGGAGUCAGGCCUUCUCUUAAGGAGAAGGACAGUGCAUGGUCGGGGACAUCCACCUUGGGACCCAAGCCUAAAUCCCGAGUGACGGAGGUCCAACAAAUCUUUGACUUCAGAGGAAGUGAAGGGGGAACUCCUGGCCAUAGCAGCAGAGGGACAACCAGUCAAGGAACUGGAUACGUUUCAACAAAAGCUAGAGAUGAAGCUGGAGCAGGGGUUCGAGGCGUUGAAGACAAAACCGCUACCAUUCAAAGUCGGCCAAAUCUCCUCAGAGCAUCAAGCAUGCCUAUUACCCUACAGCAGCGCAAAGGUUCAGAUUCAAGCAGUCCUGACUGCGCAGUGGGAACACCAGAAAAUGGCUCAACAGAAAACAUGUUUCGUCCUUCCCCGGACAUAACAGAAAGACGGUGUCUUCCACAAGAUCGGGCGGGUCUGCACCAGCAGAUUACAGUGGCACUAAAGCGGGUCAGAGAGCUAGAAGAGCAAGUUAAAACCAUCCCGGAACUAAAAUCUCAGAUUUGCUCUCUGAGAGAAGAGAGAGAGCAGCUGCUUCUUCAGUUACAAGCCCAGGUUGAAGCACAGGUUUCCACAUCACCCUUUAAAGAAACCACGCGUUCUGAUGCUGGGACUAGUGGUCACUUACAAGUACACAGGUCUUCAGAAGGACUAAACUUAUCUCAGACGCUUCAGCCUAGUGGAGGUUUAGGUGCUGCAGAGUGUGUGCCAGAAAAACAGGUAAAAGGGGCACAAGGUGGGAUGCAGGGACCUGAAGUUUUAUCAACGGCGAGAGAGACUUCCACAGCACAGCAACAAACACUGCCAUCGGAAAAAUUAGACAGUCAAAAAAAGACAUUAGAAAGUCCUCAGGAUGAGCAGGUGCAGAAGAUGUCACAGGGCAUUGAAGGAAAGGAAUUAACAUUACUUCAGGUGAUGAUACAAGAAAAAGAGACUAGCAGCGGUCAAGAUCAUAACGCAGCAAAAAAAGGAAACGUUGAGGGCCAAGAUGGAAUGCAGAAGCUGCAGGGGAAAUUAAUGAUACUAGAGGCAAAACUUACUCAGGCUAGCCAAGAACUGGACAGAACUAAUUCUCUGUUGAAGGAACAAAUAGAGGAGAACAAAGCAAAAGAGGAGAAAAUAUUGAAACUAAGUGAAGGAAUGAGAGUGGAAAUUUGUAGCACACCAUCAUUUGAGCAGCCUAGAAGACAAAGCAUUGACACAGGAACAGUAACAGAAAGAAUAGAUUUUAUCAGCCAAGAAACAGAGACAGAAUCUCCUGCUACAGUAGAUCAGGGGACAGAUACUGAUAGAAUCUGUGUUGAAGUGUGUGUACCCAAACCGAGGACCGGUAGCAUAGAUCAAGGAACGCUGACUAGUAAAGUUGACACACAUGAUCAGCUGACAGAGAUAGAGGCAGAGGCCGAUAUGACAGCUGGGAUUCCUCCACGACCCAGAGCCAACAGCAUGGAACGGGGCACAAUAACGGAGAGCAUCAUCACUCAGGAUCAGACAACUGAGACGCCUGUAGCUGGAAGGGUAAAUCAAGUCACUGAAACGGAGGGAGAGACAGUAACAAACCAUCUACAGAGGCCCAGGGCCAGCAGUGUAGACCGAGGGACAGAAACAGAAAGAGUGAACACCGUGGACAGUGUGACGGAGACAGAGGUAGCACAGAGGGCUGACCAGCAAACUGAAACAGAGACAGAAAGACGACAGGACAACAACCCAGGCAAAGCUACAGAGGCAGAGAGUCAAGUAAAUGCGAAUGAAGAUGUACCUACAGUGGUCAGUGAAGGAGAAGAAGAUAAUAAAACAAAUGAAAGAAUUCAAAAAGAAAUAACUGAGAGUGUGGCUGUGGAAGUUCCUACAGUGAUCUUAGUGACAACUGUUGAAGACAUGGUUGUGCAAACUUUAGUUUCCGAUGUAAGUCAGACUGACAUGUGUUCCAAUAUAGUCUCUGCAACAGGAGACAGUCAGGCUGAAGUGAGUCCUGCACAAGAUGAAUCAGCAAUGAAAGAAAUUAAACUCAUAAAGGGUGUAGAACCAGAAACUGUUGAACCUAAACAGGAUGACUCAGAGGCCACAGAGAAGAAAGAAACAGGGGAAGGAGCAAUUGUGUGUGCAUCAAUCAAAGAAACUGUGAUCACUGAGACUGUUGUAGAAACAGCAGAGGAUUCAGCUGUCAAGAGAGCAGCACCCGUAAGACCACAAAGAGGCAGGAAGACCUCCUUGGAGCAGGCCCAGCCAUCACCUCAGCUUCAGGCAGCACCUGUGCGUCCUCAUAGGGGAUCCAGUGAAACACAAGGCCAGCAGACCCAGAAAAAAACCCAACCCCAGGCACAGGUACAGGUUGAACCUCAGCUUGUGGCUCAUUCUCCAGCACAGCACCCUGAACCAAAGGAAAAACCUCUAAUUCCAUCUGUGUCUCAGGUUAAAGGCCACAGUCCAGCUAAGAAGCCUCCUGAGGAGACAAGUGAGAAACGGCCUCAAGCGCAGUCUCAAGCUGAUUCUCAGAGCCUUUCAUCAGGUGGAGGUGGAGUCCAAAUCAGGCCCAAAUCUAAUCAAGUCCAAUCUCAGUCUCAAACGUCCUCAUUUCGUCGGGAUUCAAAAGAGCUAAAAGCACUACAGAGGGGAUCCAGUGUAUCUCACACUACAACCACUCGAGGAUCAGGAGAAGAAAAGUCCCGCCCAACUCGACAGGUGUCGAGUGAUGUCCAGCCACAGUCUCAGGGGUCGCGUAGAAGCUCCACUGAGACUCAAGCACCUUCCAAAGAUGCCAAUGAGACGCAGUCACUCCAAAGAGGCUCCAGCGAAGCAGCUCAACGGCGUGGUUCAAGUGAAGCCCAGGCCACACGUCGGGACUCUGGUGAGGCUCAGACUUCUCGUAGAGGCUCCAGUGAAUCACCAACAUCACCUGCAGCUUUGGGCCAAGUUGUAACACGAUUAACAGGGCUUCUUGGGGAGCAGUGGGCACAGCUCGGUAGCAGCUCUGGAACUCAACAGAUGGCCAGUCAGCAGGAGAGCCCAACCACUCAGAAACAAACCACAAGCAAAAGAGCAGAGGCAGGAAAGGGAACUUCUACAAAGCCUGCUGGGAAAUCAGAACCUGCGGCAUCAACUGUAAAACCAGCAGGGAAGCCUGGUCCUUCCAAAAUGAGCUCUAUUCAGAGUCAGCUGGUCAGCUCCCUCAGUGUCCUUUCUGCUUUCUACUCCCCAGGCCAGAAAGCAGCUGCUGCCAGCAAGCAGCAAGAACAAGGUCUCAAAUCUAUUAUGAAGAAAAAUGGGGUUGCUGACAAGCAGAGCAACAAGGGAGCCAAGAAAAACCUCAAAUUUGUUGGGGUGAAUGGAGGCUAUGAGACAACUUCCAGUGAGGAGUCCAGUGGAGAUGAGAAGUCAAAAGUGGAGAUGGGGGAGGAAGAUAGCUCAGAACAAGAGGUGGAGAAGGAAAACGAUGAGGAGCCUAAGGAGGCAAUGGAGGCCCAGGGAGCAGAUGCAGAGGCCAAAGCUGAGGGAGGAGGUACUGCGGCUGCAGAGAAGGAGGUUGAAAGAAGUCUCCUGGAUCCAGAAGGCAGUCAGGAUCUCCUGGAGGAGCAGGCGGAGGGGGGAAAAGUUGACAAAGGAUUCAUAGAUGCCUGUUUAUAUGUAAAGGACCGCAUGGAAGAGGUUUCAUCACCAGAUAAAGAAAUGCGUCAAGUGUUAGUGGUGCUCUACCAGGAGUGGUUCAGAGUUUCCAGUCAAAAAGACUCACAGGCAGACACAGUUAGAUUAUACCUGAGACAAGUGGGAUUGACCACCCCCACUCUCCUGCCAUAUGUUGUUAACUUGACAGAUGGCAAUGGAAAUAUGGCACUCCACUACAGUGUGUCACACUCUAACUUUCCUGUGGUAAAACUGCUGCUAGAUACAGGUCUAUGUGAAACAGACAAUGUGAAUAAGGCAGGCUAUACUCCAGUGAUGCUGGCUGCACUGACGGCUGCUGAGAGCCCUGAUGAUCUGGAGGUGGUACAGCAGCUGCUGAAGCUGGGGGAUGUCAAUGCACGAUCCAGACAGGCAGGCCAGACAGCACUCAUGCUAGCAGUGAGCCAUGGCCGCGUUGCCAUGGUGAAGCUGCUCCUGAGCUGCGGUGUGGAUGUAAACGCCCAGGACCGAGAGGGAUCUACAGCCCUGAUGUGUGCCACUGAACAUGGACACACACACAUUGCUAGUCUGCUGCUGGAGACAGGCCGUUGUGAUACCGGCCUCAUUGAUAAGAAUGGUCAGACAGCUCUGGCGGUGGCAGAGGCAGCUGCUCACCAAGACAUCAUUGACCUCCUGAAGGCUCAUGCUUCUGAGCCCACAUCAACCACAGACCUUCUCUGAACCAGAGUCCUCCAAAAACAUCCCAGCUUGCUCACCCAUGAUCCUUCCCAUUCCAUGACCAUCUUCCAACCAACGUAGGGGGGAAAAAGCUUAAAUGAAUACACAACACUAAAGAAAAUAUACACAAAAUAAUACAUUUAAACCUCUGCGACUGAAGCAUUUUUUCCUCAUAUCUCUGCCAGCAUGCCCUAAGGGUGUUUGUGGAUAUGCUGCAUCAACAGCUUCAAUUUUAAAAGGUGGUGGAAGAAUUGAUCAGACAUUACCAUAGCAACUAGUGUGACUGACGGCAUUUCAAGCAGGAAACAGGGUGAGAAUAUAGAGUAAGACAAGUGACGGACACACUCUAAACUGCUGCUUAUUAUCAUCAGCUAACUCUCAAAGCAAAAUACUAAGCACAUGAUCUACCUUUUCAAAUAUGAUACUAAAUAUACAUGAUUUCUAUUUUCUUUUAUGACAUUAUUAUUUUCUUAUUUGGACAUAAGCCAUUAUUAAAAACAUAGUAUACGUAGAAUGGUAUUCUAACACAUUAUAAUCAAACAGAGACUGUAUUUUCUAUUGCAUUUUUUUAAAUUGUGUUUGUGUAUAAAUAGUAGUCUAUAAUAAGAGUAUUCAGAAGAAAACUAUAUAAUUCCAGAGGUAUUCAUUCACUUCAUCAUUUUUAUCCCAUGGGAGAUAAUUUGGGAGUUAUUAUAAAACAAAUGGUUUAUUCUGAGAUAAAAUGUUUAUGUUGGACACAAAUUAUACAUUAUA